GGUGUUAAUUAUGGGAAAUCUUUGUUGUGAUCGUGCAGUGUUCGAUGUGACUGUCCUCUCUUCCUCUUUCAGCGGAGCUUCUCUCAGUAUCUCUCUCCCUCCAUCAGUCCAUCUGUAAAUCAGCCUCACCGUUCAUCUCUCUCUCUCCGUUCAUCAGUCAGUCUGUCUGUCGUUGUCUUCAGAAAGACUUGACACUCUUGAAGCCUCUAAGGAGCCCACAGACAUCUGAAAACUACAGACCAACAGACCAUCAACUAGAGACCCCGCCAGAGGCUGCCAGAGGCUGCCAGACGACGGCGCAUAUCAGAUGGCCACCUGGUGGUCGAGGUGGGGUACUGCUGUUGUGACGGCGGGCAGCAUCCUGGCCUCCCUUGUAACCUCUGUUGCCAUGGAGCCCAGCUGUAACGCAAACCUUGGUUACCCCGGGUUACCUGGGAUACCAGGAGCUCACGGCGCCAACGGUAAAGACGGACCAAAGGGCGAGAAGGGAGACCCAGGUGAGUCUGGUCUGGGAUGGAAGCGUCUGAAGGGGGAGCCAGGUGAAUCAGGUCCUCCAGGACGGUCAGGUCUUCAAGGGAACCCCGGUCAGCUUGGACCCAGAGGACCCGCUGGCCCCCCUGGGGAGAAAGGUAGUCCCUCUGGGGUCGAUUCCUCCCUCACCUCCUUCUUCUCCUACAAGAGGAACACCAUUCAGCUGCCUCCCAAGAACUUGCCCAUGCGUUUCGACGGACCAAUAAUCUCGGGUCUUGAUCCUAGCAUGGAAGGUGUUUCGCUGAAGGAUGGGUUGUUUAAAUGUACCAUUAGGGGAGUGUACUUCUUUACCUAUCAUCUGUCUGCUAAGAACCUGGUCUGUCUUAGCCUGAAGAAGGGGACAGAGACCAAGGUGGGGUUCUGUGAUUCGUCGAGUGGUUUCCUGGUGACGUCUGGGUCGGUGGUGCUGGAUCUGAUCGAGGGAGACGUGGUGUCACUACAGCCCACCGAUAACAACGCCAUCAUCACUAAAGACGAACGAGCCGACAACACCUUCACCGGCUUCCUGAUCUUGCCAACCACAUGAAACCACACGGAACCACACAGAACCACACAGAACCACACGGAACCACACAGAACCACACAGAACCACAUGAAACCACACAGAACCACACAGAACCACACGGAACCACACAGAACCACACGGAACCACAUGAAACCACACAGAACCACACAGAACCACAUGAAACCACACAGAACCACACGGAACCACACGGAACCACACAGAACCACAUUGAACCACAUUGAACCACAUUGAACCAGCUCAAACCAGAUUCAACCAGAUCUAAUCUCGGUUACCCAGAAGUAAAAUUUUCGUGAAAGUUUGUCACUUCCUGUUUUACUUCAAUUUUGAAUUUGUAGGUGUGGUAUCUAGCGGAAACCUUUUAUCAUCCGCACACGGGUUUGAAAUCUCAGCCACAGUUUAUUAAGCACCGCUUUCUCCCAAUCCUGAUUCUUUCAAAUAAUCGAUGAUGAAAACCCCACACCAGGAACUACUGCUGCUCGUAAUCACAUAAUUCUACGUGAGCCUUGACAGAUUGUUGCCGUUUACACGCAGAAUCUGUCCACGAGAGAUUAAACCAGAUCACACCUGCUGAAACCAGCUUCCUGCUCUUCCACACCACAUAAAAUACAUAUCAUAGCCACAUCAUUCUGCUCUAGAAGCAUCUGCAGAACAACCAACCCUCUCUGUGUCUGUUUCUGCCUCCAUGUCUAUACUGCUGCUGCUUGCUGAGACGGUUCAUCAAUCAAUCAAUCAAUCAUUCAAUCAUUCACUCAAUCAAUCAAUCAAUCAUUCAAUCAAUCAUUCACUCAAUCAAUCAUUCAAUCAAUCAAUCAAUCAAUCAAUCAUUCAAUCAAUCAAUCAUUCAAUCAAUCAAUCAUUCAAUCAAUCAAUCAUUCAAUCAAUCAAUCAAUCAAUCAAUCAAUCAAUUAAUUUUCCCAGGUCGUUGUUGUAAAUGAGAACAUAUUCUCAGUCAACUCACCUGGUAAAAUAAGGAAUACAUUUCAUAUAAAUCAAAUAAUUAAUCAUGUAUUACAUCUGCUGAGCUGCCUACCAAAACUAAAAGAUACCAUUUUGGAAAUGAAUUUUCAAUCAAUAAAAUUAUUUGUUACCA